CCCGGGCCAAGCAAAGAACCAGACUGAGAGUACUCGGUGAAAGAGUCAGGAAUAAAGUUUGUCUGAUUCAAGACGAUAUCGUUUUUCGUAUCCCCGGGGAAGUUGGUGAAAUCUCAGCGACUAAUCUGGGCUAUAAACGGAGAGGAAAUCAGCAGUGACUGGGCGGAGUUUCGGGAGUUAGUCCGGAGUGCGGUAGAUAUUCUUGCGGUUGACAGCAACCGGUGUACGUGUGUGUAGAUGUGUGACAGCGGAGUGUGUGAGGACAAGCCCCCCGCCCCCCCUGUCAGGAUGAGCAGCCAAGGAGGAGGACCCAAGGACUCACAGUCAGCCAAUCACAGCUCUCGGCCGCUGCCGUCUGUACCGGAGGAGAGGAAGUCCAGAAACAAGAUCAUCUCCAUGUUUGCCUCUGAGAAAGGAGGCAGAAAGAAGGACCGGGACAAGGACAGACCUGAAAUCUCCUCCCCCUCUGACUUUGAACACACCAUCCAUGUGGGUUUUGAUGCUGUCACCGGAGAGUUCACUGGCAUGCCAGAGCAGUGGGCCCGUCUCCUUCAAACCUCCAACAUCAGUAAAUCAGAGCAGAAACAGAAUCCUCAGGCCGUCCUCGACAUUCUCAAGUUCUACGACUCCACCAGUGGGAAACAGAAAUACCUCAGUUUUUCCGCCUCGGAUAAAGACUCACAGUCGCCAGGCAAGCAGGGUACGGCGACAUCCCCGUCAGGUGGCAAGGAUGUAGACGAUGACGACGAUGACGAUACACCACCUCCAGUUGUGGCACCGCGGCCAGAACACACGAAAUCAGUGUACACGAGGUCGGUGAUAGACCCACUCCCUGCUCCGGAGGGAGACGCUGCCUCUAAAGCAGCUGACAGACAGAAGAAGAAGGGAGGCAAGAUGACCGAUGAGGAAAUCAUGGAGAAACUCAGAACUAUUGUCAGUAUUGGAGACCCUAAGAAGAAAUACACUCGCUAUGAGAAGAUCGGCCAGGGGGCAUCUGGCACAGUUUACACAGCCAUAGAUGUUGCCACAGGACAAGAGGUGGCCAUCAAACAGAUCAACUUGCAGAAACAGCCAAAGAAGGAGCUAAUUAUCAAUGAGAUUCUGGUCAUGAAGGAGCUGAAGAACCCCAACAUUGUCAACUUUGUAGAUAGUUUCCUGGUAGGAGAUGAGCUUUUCGUGGUGAUGGAGUACCUGGCUGGUGGCUCCCUCACUGAUGUUGUGACAGAGACGUGCAUGGACGAGGCUCAGAUCGCCGCCGUCUGCAGAGAGGUCCUCCAAGCUCUGGAGUUUCUUCAUGCCAACCAGGUCAUCCACAGGGACAUCAAGAGUGACAACGUACUGCUGGGCAUGGACGGAUCUGUCAAACUCACUGACUUCGGCUUCUGUGCCCAGAUCACCCCAGAGCAGAGCAAACGCAGCACCAUGGUGGGGACCCCGUACUGGAUGGCUCCAGAGGUGGUGACCAGGAAAGCCUAUGGACCCAAAGUGGACAUUUGGUCUCUGGGGAUCAUGGCCAUUGAGAUGGUGGAGGGAGAGCCUCCAUAUCUAAACGAGAACCCUCUCAGGGCGUUGUAUUUAAUCGCCACCAAUGGGACUCCUGAGCUGCAGAGUCCAGAGAAGCUGUCCCCUGUCUUCAGAUCCUUCCUGUCCCGCUGUCUGGAGAUGGACGUGGAGAAACGAGGAUCUGGCAGAGAACUGCUGCAGCACCCAUUCCUGAAGCUGGCCAAGCCUCUGUCCAGCCUCACCCCGCUCAUCCUGGCGGCCAAGGAGGCCAUGAGGAGCAACCGCUAAAUCCUAGUCUCUGAAGACUACAAGUGCUAAUGACAGCCAAAACAGCCAUCAUCCUCUACUGGUCUACGUACGAUGACCAUCGGCGACCUGCUCGUGUUUGUGUUUUUUCAAAGGGUCACAAAAUGCCUCUCCACUCCUCCCAGUGUGUCUGCACUGAUCUGUCUUACCUUUGUGCCUUGUUCUAAAGCCUCACACAGCCAUAAUGUGGCUUCUAUUUGGUGCAGCCAUAGCACAUGUGUGUUAUUGAUGUUGACACUGGUUACCACAGUGUGUAUACCAGGAAUGCUGAAUCGCUCUUGCAAAGGUUGAAGACUCUUUACACGAUAUUCACAAAGAAUCUUAUCUUACCACUAGGAAUCCUCAUAAAUGGCGACCGAGAGCCUGCUCUUAAAACCUGUUCACAAGGCUGCUGAGCGCAGGCACCUGGUUGACCCUGUUGCUAUGGAUGACGUCAUGUUUAAUGAGUGAACUCACUAUCUCUGCAGUGAUUGAUUGACAGGUGACUGGUCUGUGCCAGUGAAAUACAUUUUAAGGAAGAGAUAUUCCAGGUUCUUCAGUGCUGCAAACUGUAUUUGUCCAAGUAGUGGAAAAUUUGUGCAAACCAUCAACUCUGCUGUUACUGGAUUGUUUUGAUUUGUUGGUGAGCUGAUUGAAUCUUAAUUAACUCGCCAGCAAUCAAAAUACGGUGCAUUAUUGCAGCAGGUAGUUACUUAGGAGUCUUCUGCCUCUUAACUUCUCACAGACUUGUGAGCUACUGUCAGAGCUGAAUUGCUCUGUGAAUUACUGUUAGACAAAAGCAUGGACAGACACAGCACUACUUUAUAGUGUCUUCUAGCUUGUUCGCUUUGAAGAUUUUUAGCCUUCGGAUGUUUUGUAAAUGAGGAAAUCAUUAGACAGUUUUAAUGUAGUGUAUCAGAGAAAAGAUUUAUGAAUCGAGCAAACAUGAUCAUGUUUAGAGAUGAAGAUCGUGAGGAUUCUUGGAUUUUGUUGUGUGAAGAGCCUUUUUAACUGGUUACUAUGGUUACACAUGUGCAGUCUGACAAGGUCCAGCAGUUCUAAAACUGGCAUGGAAGGCCAAAGUGUACCAGUACAGUGCUGUACUGUGGCCCAGCGUUGGACAGUGCAGUCUUUGUUAAGUGGAGAAGCCAUACCAGUGUCCUUGCCUGACCCUUCUAUCACUGAAAAUUAAGGCAUUUCAGUAGAUGGAAUGGUAUUUAAGUCUGUUUUUGUACAUGAAACUUUCAUUUAUUUUAUAAUAGUAGAUAAAAACUUCCAGGCUUUUUUCUGUAAAGGGUUUCAACCCUCAGUUUAGGGUGUUACCAGGCAGAAAAACGAACUAUCUAACCUAAGUCACACUUCAUACACCUCUGCCUUUAACCUUUCUGUGCAGGCUCUUCUGUAAACUAUGCAAACCCAUCUCAACACUGAUGUUUACUGCAUCAAAAACUGCCUUGAAUCCUUGAGCUUACUGUACCCAAAAGCCACAUUUCUGUCACUAUGAUAUUUCUUCUAGGUGUUCUGUUUGUAUUUAGCGGUGCCUUUUGGUGUGUUGGUGCGAGUACAACACAAAUACUGUAUAAAAUUGCCUGUCUGAAUGUGUUGAACUGGAGGAAGACUUUUUUUUGUAUAUUAUGUAUUUGUGAUGUCCUGUAUUUUUAAUGGCUUUUAAAAAGUAUGUAUAUCAUUGUUUUAUAUUUGUAACUAACACAACUGAAGACACAUUUGUUUUUCAGCUUGUUUUUGUGUACCAGUUCAUCCUCAAUUCCCUGAACUGUGCAUUUAUGGACUCAAGCCAUAAAAUGUGUUGAUAAGCCUGAGACACUCGAGCCAGACCUGAGUCAAGCAGUAUUUAGAAAUUAAUGUUUGUUUAAUCUGCUUGAAGUACCAAAUGAGGUUGGUUUUCACCUAAUGUUCCAACAAAUAUAGACAAUCAGUUGAAAACAGUUAAAAUGUUUAUUAAAUGUGCCUUAACAGAUGUAUGAUACAGUAAAACCCACUCAUAUGGUACUCAGCAGUUUGACUCAAGUACUGAAUAUUUGCAAUUACUAGGCUGGAAUACACUGUUAUGUGACUUUUGACCGGAACACACAUUCCAGUUAUAUGUGUAAUGAAUGAAUGAUUGCACAGUUCAAAAUGAAUGUGUUGUUGUUCAUCUUUAAACCAACAACUUCUGGCAUUAAAAAAGCCAUAUAGUGUGUAAAUUAUUAUUAAAGGUUGACCUAAAUAGG